AGGGGACACCGGCGGAGGGGUGCGGCGGGCGGCGGGGCCGGCUUUGCCCUGCCAGGACCUGCCGGGUUCCAUUCACGCCAACAAGUUUGGGAGAAUGUUGAGUUCAAUCACGCCGGAGCCGCGAUGGAGCGCAGCGCACUGCAGUGGGUCGGCGCCCCGUGCGGUUCGCACGGCCCCUACGUCUUCUACAGGGCGUUUCGCUUCCAACGCCGCGGCGGCGGCCGGGCGCGGGUCCUCUCCCUCGGCGACUUCUUCUUCGUGCGGUGCCGAGCGGAGGAGCCCGCCUGCAUCGCGGAGCUGCAGCUGCUCUGGGAGGAGCGCACCAGCCGGCAACUUCUCUCCAGCGCCAAACUUUAUUUUCUCCCCGAGGACACCCCCCAGGGCAGGACCAGUGACCAUGGCGAGGAUGAAGUUAUUGCUGUUUCAGAGAAAGUUACUGUGAAGCUUGAGGACUUGGCAAAAUGGGCACAGUCCGAUUUCUCCAAGUGGAAGUGUGGUUUCCGGGCUGAGCCGGUCAAACCGAUGGAUGUGGGGAAAAAUGGGCAGAAAGAGGCCUUGACGAGAUACAGGCAAUCCACACUGAACAGCGGCUUGAACUUCAAAGACAUCCUGAAGGAAAAGGCUGACCUUGGUGAGGAUGAUGAAGAUUCAAACCUGCUAAUUCUCAGCUACCCACAGUACUGUCGGUAUCGUUCCAUGUUAAAGCGCAUCCAGGACAAGCCUUCUUCAAUACUAACAGACCAGUUUGUUUUAGCCCUGGGAGGCAUUGCAGUGACAAGCAAGAACCCCCAAAUCUUCUACUGUCGGGAUACAUUUGAUCAUCCUACUCUAAUAGAAAAUGAAAGUAUAUGUGAUGAGUUUGCGCCAAAUCUUAAAGGCAGACCGCGCAAAAAGAAGCCUUGCCCACAGAGAAGAGAUUCAUUAAAUGGCAUUAAGGAUUCCAACAAUAAUUCUGAAAGCAAAGCUGUUGCCAAGGUAAAAUGUGAGGCUAAGUCAGCUUUGCCCAAACCCAAGAGUAACAACAGCAACUGUAAAAAAGGCUCAAGUGAGGAUAAAUCAAAGAUUGCCGUAGGUGAAGAAUGCAGAGCUGAUGAGCAGGCUUUCCUUGUGGCUCUUUAUAAAUAUAUGAAAGAAAGGAAAACACCAAUUGAACGAAUACCCUAUUUAGGUUUUAAGCAGAUUAACCUUUGGACUAUGUUUCAAGCUGCUCAAAAACUGGGAGGAUAUGAAACAAUAACAGCCCGUCGACAAUGGAAACAUAUUUAUGAUGAAUUAGGUGGUAACCCUGGAAGCACAAGUGCUGCUACAUGUACUCGCAGACAUUAUGAAAGAUUAAUCCUGCCGUAUGAAAGAUUUAUUAAAGGAGAGGAAGAUAAGCCACUGCCUCCAGUGAAACCUCGAAAACAGGAUAACAGUUCCCAGGAGGGUGAAGCGAAAACAAAAGCGUCUGGAACGAAACGCCUCAAAAAUGAAAACCAAAAGAGCAAGAAGGAAAAAGAUAAUGCACAGAAACCCCAAGAUGCAUCUGAGAUUUCAUCAGAACAAGAGAAGGAUCAAGAAUCAGCAGACCAGAAAAAUUUCCCUGAACAUCCUACAGUGGGAGAGACGAAACAACCCGUGCAAGGCCCUCCCUCUCUUUUACCAGAGGCGGCUCGACCACUGCCUCUGGAAAAGUCAGACCUGACAGAAAACAGCGCCAACAGUGAGAAAGCCGAGGAGGUUCAGCACUCAUCCUCUUUCUCAAGUACAUCUGCACCCCCAGAAGAAGACACCAUGCUGGAUGCCACCAUCACGAAACGAUUACAUCCCCCAGCAGAUGUCCUGGAAGACACAAAGCCUGAACAAAGACUACACAAAGCUUUUACUGACAGCUUAGAAAGCGAACCUCCAGAAAUGCCCUUCACGGCUUUCCCAGUCCAGCUGCCCACUCAGAGCGACAUGGAAGAUGACAAAUUGCCAGAGAUGGCCGAUUACAUUGCAAACUGCACGGUGAAAGUGGACCAGCUGGGAAACGAAGAUAUCCACAACGCACUGAAGCAAACGCCCAAAGUACUGGUGGUCCAGAACUUCGACAUGUUCAAGGAAAAGGAGCUGCCCGGGUCCAUGAACGAUGACGCCACUUUUGGUUACACGCCGCUGCUCUACUCAAAGGGUAAUCCAGGCAUCAUGUCACCCCUGGCAAAGAAGAAGCUGCUGUCGCAGGUCAGUGGGGCAGCCCUGUCAUGUAGUUAUCCUUACGGCUCUCCUCCACCUUUGAUCAGCAAAAAGAAACUGAACGGCAGAGAUGAGCUGUCCUCAAGCAUAUCACAAGGUCCCCGUGCCCCUAAUUCUGAUCCUGUAGCAAUUAAUAGGCCCUCAGUCAUACAACAUGUACAGAGUUUUAAAACCAAGGAGGAAAGGAAAUCGAUUAAUGACGUUUUUAAACAUGACAUGCUAAGUAAAACGGAUCCUCAGCGCUGUGAUUUUUCAAAACAUCACCUCAGUUCUCUUGCCGAGUCAUACGUACCGAAGACGGAUAUCCAGGACUGCAAAGAUAAAAUGAGUGAGAAAAGGGCACUGCAGCACUCCCAUGUGCCCACUUUCUUGGCAGAUUUUUAUUCAUCACCUCAUCUGCACAGCCUUUAUAGGCACACAGAACACCACCUUAAUAAUGAACAGACAUCAAAGUACCUCCCCCGGGAUAUGUUCAGAGAGUCUGAAAAUAUUUCUACUUUUACUCAACACAAACACCAAGAAAAACUAAAUUUAAAUUAUCGCCCAUCUUUGCAUCAGCAAGAAAAAAAGGCAGCAGUGGAGGCCUCUUCAGAUGAUCAGCCAACAGAUUUGAGUCUUCCAAAGAGCAUACACAAACAGACUGCAAAGGCUCCGGGCUCCGGCCUCCCUCAUUCAUCCAUGGCCCAGCAAGAAGGCAAAGGCAUCUCCCCAUUCCAGGCUGCGAGCAACCAGGCGGUGAGCCUAGACUGUAACCCCAAAGCUUGCCGCGUGUCCCCCAUGGCCAUGACAGUCCCGAAAAAACACAGUGAGUUGCUCCACAGGUCCGGGAAGCAGCAGGCCCAGAGGCUGGAGAAUCUGAGGAAGAUGGAGGGGAUGGUGCAUCCUAUCAUCAGCCGCAGAACGAGCCCUCAGAACGUGGGGGCUGCCCGGCCUUUGAAACGGAGCCUGGAGGAUUUGGACAAAGUCAUUUCUGAAAAAAAAAUCCGAGCUGUCUCUCCUCUGCACUUACCAAAGGAGACGCCGGCGAAAGACAAGGUUCCCGACCCAGAGGGGGAAGGCAGCAAGCCGGUGCAUGGCCUCCAUUCUGGCAGCAUGCUGGAAAGCCACAAAUUUCCCCUUUCAGCCCCCAUCUUCCCAGGCUUGUAUCCGGGAAGCCUGUGCACAGGGCUGAACAAUCGCCUCCCGCCCGGGUAUUCUCAUCCCCUGCAGUACUUGAAAAAUCAGACUGUGCUCUCCCCACUAAUGCAGCCUUUGGCUCUUCACUCCUUCAUGGUGCAGAGACAAUUCCUCACGUCCCCUGCAAACUCUCAGCAACUGUACAGACACUUAGCUGCAGCAACACCUGUAGGAAGUUCCUAUGGUGACCUUUUGCAUAACAGCAUUUAUCCUUUAGCUGCUAUAAACCCUCAAGCUGCGUUCCCACCUUCCCAGCUGUCCUCUGUACAUCCCAGCACAAAACUGUAAACCCUCUCGCUCACAAAAAAAGGUCUGAGGAGAAAAGUUAAGUUAGCGACAUUCCUCCCCCUGUGACAAUGUCUCGCAGAUUUAGUGAUCUGUAUUUUUGUCCACCAGGACACAGUCAUACCCCGCCCAGCGGAGCGCUUUGGAGUUUGGAGACAGGACUGCUUCUUUAAUUCUGGGUCCCACAUCAGCCCCCUCGCUCCUUAUCCCAGCCCCUGAAAAAUAAAAAAAAAGAACAAAAACAACAAAAAACCACCAAAAACCCCACAACAACAACAAAACAACCAAAAAAAAAGGAAAGAAAAAAAUCAUUGGAUUUUGCAUACGUAUUUUCUGAAAGGACUUGCAUAUGGUAAGAGCAAAUGUUCAAAGGGAGCCAUGGAAAUGCAGGCCCAGUCCUGAGCUCACUGAAAUCCCAGGUGAGGGCUGCAUUUGCCUUUCACUGAGCCGAGGACCAGAGGCCGUGCGUUGUUGCAAAUGAGUCAAGGACUCGAGAUGAACCUGGAAAGGAGAAGCGGGCCGAGAAUCCGUACAAUCAGUGGAUGUGCAUUUUUGGGUAACUUUUCCUGAGUCCUAAAGAUUCAAUCAAUGCAAUGUAUAGUAAAACGGCAAUAGAUUUUUCAUUUUAACACUAUUAGAACAGAAGUGUAAACACUGUUUAAUUUGACUGUACAUAUCCACUUCAUAAACUACCAGUGUCACAUUUGGUCACAAUAAUUUAUAUAGUUUUGUUUGUCCAGUAUAUUCUGUGCUCUUUAUGUUUGGGUUUUUUGUUUUGUUCUGUUUCGGGUUUCUUUUUUUUUAAAUUAAACAGUAUCAUUUUAUCUGCAACUUUUUUUAAAGGCUGUGGCUGUCCUAAUUUUUUUUUUAAUGUGUUUGUAAUUUUUCCAGUUUCUUUAUACUUUUGAGCAGUGUUUUUGUUUUGUUUUUGUGGUAACGUUUACUGUUUACAAACCGAAGCAACUGGUUCAGAUUAAUCUUAAUGGUUAUAAACAUACUGUAGGUGAUGUUAUGGUGCAAGGAUGCAAACAAGGUUCCUUUCCCCAUGGUCUGCCCUCGCGAGGUGCUGAGCACCUCUCGCCCUCCUCCUGUGGUUGCGAUGGCUCCUACACCGCUUCUCCCCUCCCACCGAGCUUUGCUUUCCCGUAUCGUGGUCCGUGAAUUUGUCGAGCGUUGUACUUAAGCUUACCUAGGCUGUGAAACCUUCCUGCCUACCAGAGAAAUGGUCUAGAAAACAAAACCUCCCUGGCACAAGCUGCUGGAUGACAAAGGAGUCCAGAAAACGCAUUUGUGGUUUGUGAGAAUGUCGAGAAUUUCAGAAACUGGGACAGGCACCAGUGCUGAUUUGGAUCGGAGGCUCACGGGGCCUGUGCCACGCGAGCGGCCAGGCUUGGUAGGAUGGGUGGGGGGUUGCACGCAGUGGUCGGGACGGUCCUCCCACACCCCUGUGGGGAUCUCAGCCUCUCCCUGGGCAUCCUUUCGCAGGGGGAACGCCUGGGUGUGGAGAGGCUGGGUUUUCCUGACAAAAGAACUUCCCUAUGGAUGUAUGUUCACUUUGAAGGACAUCAUCACCACGCAGCUGAGCAUAGACAUCGAUAAAGCGAAGUGUGACUUGGAGGCUUUUUACAAUGUGAAAAUUGGUUGUGAUUCAAACCAAUCUCAGUUACUGUUCAAAGACAGCAUAAUUGAUAGGAAAAGAAAAAUGGAAACUACUAAGAAACACUUUGCAUGCUAGGCAUGUCAUUGAAUUUUCCCGUGAUAUGAAGCCAAAUACAAUAUAUAAUGUAUCAUACUUAAUAUCCAAAGGUGGAAACCAGAAUAAUAUACUCGUCUACUGUUAAAGAUCCAGCUUCUUCAAUUAAAUACUUUAUAUUCCUGUGGUAAAACUAUAUUUAAUUGAUCGAUAAACAGACUAGUAGAACUUAGAACAUGGAUGUGCCAGUGCAGAGCACCCUGCUGCUCCACAAAUCAUACAGCAGACAGAACCGCAGGCUCAGCCGGGCAGAGGCACAGUGUGGAGGACAUCUCUAGUAAAGUUGCACUAGAUCUGAAUCGCGUGAGAAUCAGGGGUUUAGGGAUGGGGGGGAGAAGCGGGCGGGGGGGAGGGGAGAGAAUAUAAAAUCUACAGCAAACACGAACAGAAGCUUGUCAUGUGUUUGGCGAAGCAAACGCUUCUCUUUCUUGUUCCAGUUAAGUUGUGUGUCCUGGAGUUGUGCAUUUGUUUAUGCAAAGUGUCUGAUUUCCUUUUGGUUACGUCCCGUUGGAGUUCGAUGGUAGCCUUUUGGAGCUGUGUGGAGGCAGCGCGGGGCUGGGGACGGGGAGAGGGGAGGAAGGAUCCUCGCUUGCCCCGCGAGGAGGCUGGCUGCUGCUGGCUGGGGAAGCUCAUAAUGUACUGGGCAAAACGUCAGGGCAAAGGAAAAGAAAUGGUAGCAUAAACGCCCAACAGAAGCGGUGCAUUAUUUGUUUAAAUACUCUUAACAGAAAUCUUGGAAAUCUUUCAAAAGACUAUUGAAUUCUCCAUUGGCUGAAAAGUCUUUUUUUUUUAAUGCCUUAAAUGGGGCUUUGUUUGCAUUGUUUGAGUUCAAGGGGCCUUAUUAUUGAAUGAAAUUGCACAAGCCUUUCUUUGUGCAAUCAAACCAUUGUUAUUGGUAGGUUUGUAAAGGAAACUGUGGAAUCUAAUUGGCAAUAGAGUCAUAAAUCUACCAGGAGCCAGGUCCAAGAAAUGUUGCAAUUCAAACGCACCAUGUCCAGGAUUCAUUAGGGAUGCUAAAGGUUGUGAGAUUCAAAGGGAAAGGCCCAGCAGCAAACAGCUCGCGUGUAGCUUCUGGCCACAUGCUGAGCUGGACUUUGCGAAACGGGUGGGAAGUAGGGUCUGACUCCCAGUAAAAUCCGUACCCUAGCAAGGCUGGGCAGGAGCAAGCCGGCGUUUUGCAGCAGGUCUGUCUUGGCUGCGUGCUGGCCUGACACGAGAAGUUUGCCCGGUGUGUGGGUGCCUAGGAAGUAGUUUGUCCCAGCUGCAGAGAAGUUGGCUUGGCAGCGCAGGAGGUGGUGCAGGAGGCGAGUGCUGUGCCUGCCCCCGCCGGCACCUCUGCCCCGUUCGGGGGGCGCAGGGCUGCCGCCUCCCGAGACCACCGCCGGGGUCCCCUCGCCGCUCCCCCGCCUGGUCCCUUCCUUUGCGGUGGUCAGUGAGGUUGCAUCUGGUCUGGUUUUGAAAUUGUUGUGAUUUUAAUGAGCAAUGGGACUUGUUGGGCUGGCGUGAGGCGGGCGGCACUGGCAGCACUGCCGUGAGUGCUUCCUGCAGUGUUUGCUGUACGCGUGGUUGGUAUUUCACUCGUUCUCUUCCUCCCCCUCCCCUCUCCCCCCAGCCCCGCAGUUUUAAAUAUGUUCUAAUAAUGGCAGCGUAAUCUACUAGCUGUUUAUACUUUUUUAACUUUCAUUUGUUGUAAAUAUUGUAUACUUUUUGUGAUUCAAGUUAUGUAGCCUAUAUGCUCUGUAAGGUGAUGAUUUGUAUAUAUAAAAAUGGCCCAGUAAUAUUAUAUAGUUUCCCAUUUAAAAGGUUAUUGAGUAACCUUUGCGUUAGUUUAAACACUACCAGAAAUAAAGCUGAGCCAACUAUAAACACUCAAUUUUUGUAUGUUUUCCAAAUUGUACUUAUUAAUGCUUUUGAUACUGUAUUAUGUGCCAAUAGUUUCCCAAUCACAUAGCAGGCAAAAGAUAUUUUGUACUUUUUGAUCCACUGUAAUAUUUAAUAAAAAAUGUUACUAUCUGUUC